AUGGCCGGUGUCCCUUCCUUCUACUUCCGCCGACCCCUCUUCCCGCAUCGUACCGUGACGCUCGUAUCGUUUCCCCCCUCUCUACGUCGGCACCUCCCUCGGCCCUUCUCUGCAGUUGCCCACAGCGCUGCGUUCCCCACCGGCUACUCAGCUGGCAUGUUGGUGUCGCCUCUCCAUCCAGACAAGUUACUCCACUGCUGUAACUCAUCAUGCUUGUAUAAUUAACUAUUAUUAUACGCCUUUCUAAUUCCCAUCUUUGUCCAUUAUACCUUCUCGCCCACUUGACGUUUCUUCUUCCUUUAUGUGCGGAUGAGUAUCGUGACUUGCUAACGACCCUAUUCAGAUCAACGUUAGCCAGGAUCUCUUUCCAGUGUUUCGCUACUUGGAUGUGCGCUACCCUUGACGUCCUCGGCCGCGACACCUCACCGUUUGCCGUUUAUCUCUACGCACGUUGGUGGAUUGGGGGGGGGGUUGCCUACUGAUGCAGAAGUCAGGUUUUAUCCAGCACGACUGGGCAUUCGUAGCGUGAGAUCAGGCCGCCGAUCAUCGUUAUUUCCAGAAACUUCUUCGAUGGUUACAGUUCCGGAUUUGACAGCAUACUGCAAUGCCUGCCAAUUCCACCCAAGGGAUUUCCCAGUUGGCUUCAGUUAUUUCAAUGUGUCCUUUUAACGUUGUUUUGACUACUUUGGUGACGAGGGCCGGUGCCAGGCGGCCAUUAUUCCUUUUCACGGCCCGGUUGGCCCAUCGAAAUCGAGAUAACAUCCUGAGCUGAAAAUACGCCGAGCAUUCCAGCACGGAGUCCGUUCAUAUCGUCACACCUUUACCAUUCUCAAGAGAUCGUGUUUGGCUGAACGCCUCGCAUCCGAUCUGCCUGGUUUUUGUUGGUUGUUCAGAUAUCUGCAAUGUACAAAUGCAUCGUCAAGGGUAGGGUUCACUAUUGUUUGCUUUGAUAAUAAGGGGAAUACUCCCGCGAUUCCAUGCGUUGAAUAGAGACCUAACAAACCUUCCGUUGGUUGUGUAGUUCCCGGUUGCAAUUUGGUCAUCGAUGUUGGUGCUUCUUGAGAUGGUCCCUUCAGGGUAGAAUAAUUGGCCCGCGCUGUUUAGAUAAUUGUUGGUGGUGGCUGAGGUUUCCAUAUAUACCGCGAUUCAUGUCGUUCGGUGCCAGACAGCUGCAACGGACACUCCGAGUAUUUGUCCGAAUUCGACACUGUUCGUCUGUAGCCGCUCUUGACCGGAACUCCAUGACAUAACGGGAAGUCUGUAUCUCAUUCCGAAAUCAGGCCAAGUUGAUACAACUACAUGGAUUCACAUGCUUCCGCUUUCAGCUGCCAACACGUCAACUCCUGAUCAACCACUAGAGCUUCUGGCUGAAUUACCAAAUACACCAGGAUGGACUUUGGUGCCUAGGUUCAGGGUAUGACCAGCUGACAAUGAUAACUACACCGGGAGAGGCUAUUCUGACCUCUAGGAAGAAGGAAACGAUCUCUGGAUUUGCCUGUAAUAGUUAGGCGAUAGACAUUCUUUCCUUGAAACCUGACCCUGCGCAGUUUCCUAUGUGUCGCACCUGGACAGCGUUGAGAAUGCGACUCCAGGUGUCGCGCGAUGCAGGCUGUACGCAGCUGAAAGCAAAUAUUCCCCCCUUUGACCUCUUCCCGAAAACGAGGAUCGCAAAACCCUCCCCACUGGCGGGUUGACUGAGCUAUAAGAAUGCCUUAUACAGAGAGGCCAGAAUCCGUGCAACACAGUGCACUGAGAAAUAAGUAGAGCUUCCGUAUGCGGAAUAUACCCAACAAUCCCACUGCGUAUCUUGCUAUUCCAAUGCUAAACAAAGCCAGCUCUACUCACAGGACAUAGUAGCAAGAGGCGAAAAAAAAUUUUGCGGUGCCCGAAAGGACAAAUUACCCCCAACAGCAGCCACGAUGUCAGCCCGUAGGAAAUGAAGACGGAGGGGACACUGACUGUCGGGUGGAAUUAAAGAAUCUGUCUGCUAAUCGCAUCUCAGUUUUUUGCAAGCCAGUGACUGUUCCUCUCUGUGCUGCCGAAGCCGCCUGGCCGAGACUCUUUGAGAUAGUUUCGUCUAAACUAGAAACACCUAGUUUUUUGAAACUUUUUGCUAGCGAAUAGCCGACGAGCUUAGUAUUCUGUCCAGUAGAAUGUACAGAGUCGAAGACUGUGUUCUGCGAUUAUGCCGUCCAGAUAAAUCGGUAUUGCCUUUUAACGCCCACGUAUGCGAAUAUGUUGAGCUCGGGAGCAGAGAUAAGAAGAGGAGGAGGGAGAAGAAGAAGAAGAAGAAGAAGAAGAAGAAGAAGAAGAAGAAGAAGAAGAAGAAGAAAAAGAAAAAGAAGAAGAAGAAGAAGAAGAAGAAGAAGAAGAAGAAGAAGAAGAAGAAGAAAGAAGAGGAGGAGGAGGAGGAGGAGGAGGAGGGGGGGGGGAGGAUAAGCGAAGGGAGGCAAUCUCUGAGUAAGAAAAUCUAG